AUGUCGGAUCUUCUCAGCAACAUGACGGCAGCCUCCUCGCUCGCCUCGCCUCCGCCGUCAGAAAGCAUAGAGCAGAUCGACGACCGUAUCGACGUUCGUCAAAAGAUCUUGCUUCUGCGACAAAAGAAAAAGGACCAGCUCUCUGCUUCCAUCAGCUUGAGUCCACACGACUCACACAACGCCAAUGCAGACCGACUCACCUGGUUUGGUCUCGAUGACCAAGAGCAGCUACCCGCCCUACCUUCGCUAUCACGAUCAGGGGCCCACGCCAGUUCUCGCGCUAGCGACGACGAGGAGGAGGAGGAGGAGGAGGAGGAUGAUGAUGCCGACAGCACAGUCCUUGGUCACUACGUACACACUCUCCCGCUUCCACCCAGCACCUUUCGGUCAAGAACCACUCGCUCCCAACAUCGCGGACCAAAACGGAUCUCGAGACAUUCGUUUGCUUCCGAAGGAGCAUGCAGCAGCUCCCACGAGUCCAGCUCCCAGAUAAGCUGCUUACUCGAUGAUGACACUGACGCUCACAGUCUCCAUACCACCACUGCCACAGAAUCCUCUUCCGAUCCUCCUUCAAGGCGCGGCUCGAGUGCUCGAGCAAGCUUCGCUUCGCGUCCACGAUCUCGUGCUGCCAGUCACAAGGACCUUACCCUCGGAAAUGCCCCUUCUUCAACCACCUCAAAGCCUCUAGGCCCACCGCCCAGUGCACCUCUACCUCCUAGGCCCCUCACUUCGCCCCGAAGCACGCGCAGCCCCUCUGUGAGGAAGGGAGAGUGGUCAUCGCGAAGAUCCAGUCGCGUCUCUACUGCAACGGCUACCUCCUCACGCUCAUCAACCAGUCUUCGCUCAAGCUGGCAGAGUAACAAUCCUAGUCUUUCUUCCUCUCACCUCAUACCCAGCCCAAGCGAGCGCAGCGACAUCUCAGACGAAGAGCUCGAUGGCAUUCGUACCAUAGCCAAGCACUUCCCAUCUCCCACUGCCACUGUCAUGUCGCUUCCGCCUCCCGUCUCUCGCCUGCUCAAUCGCAAUGGCUCUCAUCCCAGCAGCAAGUCGGCGUUCAAUUCCACACACCGUGCCUUUCAUUCGCGCCGAUCGCGUCCCACCACAAAUCGAACCCUCAGCCCAGUCUUGGAUAGCCCUAUGGACAGGCACUUCGACACGCCCCACCAACGUGCAAGCCAUAACAGCGCUGUCAAAGGUGAGGACAGCAGCGACAGUGCACUUUCUGAUGUGCUCGACCUCACAGACAACAAGGGAAUUCUCAUGCUUGGAAAGAGCUUUCAACAAACUACUCUUCAAUCCGGAGCUAGCGUGGCGCAAGUUGGGCUCGGCGCAAGGGGCUUUUCGCUUUCCAGAUUUCGGUCGGAACAGUCGCUGCGUGAUCGCUCGCAUGAGCACAAGCAACAGCUUGAAGCGCAAACACAGGCCGCAACUUCAGCAUCACCCGGUUCGGAUCGCCUCGAGAUUAUGCGAGACGCUCAGAAUGAAGCGCAGUCCAAGUCGAACCCAAGAUCUCAACCACAAAGGAGGCAUCAUCAGCGCAGCAGCACUAUGACCAAAAGCAUGAGCGAGCUUGUGGCCGCUCUUGAUCUCGAGGCUAGCGAAUGGGGCCAGCGCCUUGGCGAGUCAGACAGCAUGGAGUUCACAAACAAACACGUCGAUACUGCUCAAUUACCAGAGUCGCAACUGCUGGAUGCCAGGCCUCCAGCAUCUCGAAUGGGUCCUGAUGCAAGCAACGAGUCCUCACAGCCAGCGCUUCCAGAAUCUGAUUCGAUGCCUGCGUUGAGUGCGUCUGGUUCUCAGGAGCAUUCGCUGGACGAUUCAAGAGGGCCCAUCACGGCCGACUCAUCACUCAUUCGUUCCGACAGUGCCAAGAGUCUACCCUCGCAAUGCCACCAUUCCGACACUGCCACUGAUGUUGGUGCUGGUGCCGAGUUCCGCUCCAUCUACGACGCAUAUCGACACUCUAGCAGCACUAUGGCGUCCCGCUUCACUGCACCGGUGGUUCGCAUCGAGGACCCUGAAGGCGACGAAGUCGACGAUUCGGAGCUAGAAGAAGAAGCCUCCCCAUCGGAUGACAUGCCCAGGAAGCGUAACAAAUCCACUCGAAAGAAUCAUCUUGGCUUCGAGGAACAGCGAGCUGCCAUGCGCUCGCGGCCAUCUGUUAGUCACCGCGCGAACUCGAGUAGACCGAGUCAGACAUUCAAGUCAACAUUGAACCCCACUCAAGAGGAGGACAUGGCCGCGUCCGCUCCUUCUGCUCCUCCCUCGGUUGCCGCAGCGGCGCCAGCAACAACGACGGAAAGCACCGACCCAUACGCUUUCUACGAGUUCUCGCCCAGCCUUCCACCGUUCAUGCCAACUGGCUUAUCACCGCGCGAUCUGACAGGACGCGGCACAUGGUCCAGCAUCGUUGCUCGUGCUUCGGAAAGUAUGCGCUCGCGCCAGACAUCCAUUGCUUCGCUCGCAUCUGUCUCUACCUCAGCCACCGGCCCGGUCUCGGUGCGUCAGAUCCGCGCGACUGCGCGUGCCAAGCAAAAGCAAGUUGAAGCAGCGCAUCGCGCCAGAGAGCAAAUGUCGGAUGAGUUCGCUGCCAUGAGCUAUCGCCCUUUCGCCAUUCACGACCAUGCCCUGUCCUUCGCCAAUCAUGCAGGCAUGUCGGCCGAUCUCCGCGCUUCUGUCUCUACCAUGCUCGGUGUCAGCUCUCCUGUCGAAGGUAUGGCGUCGGGUCGCAGCUCAUCGAUGAGCAAUCUAGGCUACGCAGACUCGGUGGCUCCCAGCGUCGGCGACUAUGGUACGCGCUGGCCAGUAGCAGUUGGUGCUGAUCAGGGUGUAGGACCCGACGAUGCUGCUUCCAUGUUCACCAUGACCCCUUGGUCGUUGUCAAGACGUCCAACGGUACAACAGGCCAAACCCAAGGUCUAUGUCGAGUUCGCUAUGCAGACAUCUCCACAGCCUUCGCCGACCGAUUCCAGAUUUCCCACCACUGACUCACUCGCACUGGAUUGGGAUUGUCGGGUCAAUCGUGCAGAUGCUGAGGUAAGUCGAAACGUUAGACCAGCCUCGGACUACGAAUCAGCUCCGAACUCUACCUCUCGGAUGGACCUUCUUGGCUUCGACGUGCCGCUGCGUCGUCGCCGUAGCGUUGCCUCUUUGCUCAGCCUGCAUGAUUUGGACUCAGAGCUGGAUCAACCCGGACUGUGGCCCUCAAGGAUCCGCGCUCCUCGUCUUUCCUCCAUGUCUCGACGUCAAAGUCAUGGAGAUGGUGUUUUCGCAACAGCCGUUGACAAAACCGUGCAUGCCUCCGAUGGCGGGAGCGACGAAGAAUCCGAUCUGGACGUCAACGCUGAUCUACAGGACCUCGCCGAGCGCUCGGGCGUGCUGGAUGAAUCUCGAGGAUACAAGCGAAAGCUACACUCAGCUUCUACCAACAUCCUUGAAGGCAGCUCUGGAAAUGAUGCGGCCAGACGACUCAUUGCCUCGAUCCCUGCGAGAUCUCGCCGCAUCUCGGCAGCAUUGGACCGCAUCCGCUCUCAGCGCAUCUCUCGUCACGUAGGAUGGGGCAGCUCCGACGACGAAGACGAUCAGAGAGAUGCUCCAACAGUGCUCUCCACACCUCGUAGGACGACAACUUCAGGACGACCUUCUCUGCCGAGCAGUGCACCUACCAAGGUUGAGCGCAGCGACAACACACUGCGAAGAUCUAAGUCAAUGGCAGCGAUGGGCACUGUGAAGGUGUCUGGAUCAGCUGGGUCUGCUUCGCCUUCCAUGCUACGUGUGCGAUCACCGAGCCCCGAUAUAAGCAUCCUGACCAACCCGAGCGACGAUGAGGAGGUAUUGCUGACCGCCGAGGUCGAACCCGAUUCUGCCGAACUCUCGCACACGACCGUUUUGGAUGAAGAAUUCGACAUGAUGGUUGGUCAAACGAUCACAUCGCGCUUCUCUAACCCUCCCCAUCGCCCAGUUAAGCCCGCAAUGCGUCGGGCCAGCAGCGAAACAGAUGCAACACUCAUUCGUCCAGCUUCACAAACGAAUACCUCCGACAAUGGUAGCGGCAUCUCGGCGGAGGAUGGCAACGAGCCCUUUCCUGAGGCCAGCAAGGAUUCACAGCAUACCUUGCAGACGCGGACGCGCUCGAGGACCAGCUCUAUGGGCAGCGUGAUCGAGAUCAUUCAGGAAGCGGACAAAUUGCUGUCCUCUACCGGCCACUCCAUCGGACACAGCUCUGGCCACGACACCAACAUCAGCGACUCAGGUGGAACAAGUGGACACGAUCCUCAGAAGCUCAACCAGGUGCUGGCUGAGAUUAUUCAACGACGCAUGUCGAUGAGGCUGCGAGGUCUUCAGACUCCCGUCGCACUGGCGAGACAACAGUCUUUGCAGUCUGGGUUAUCGGGUGUUAAGGACACGUCUGCUACUGACCAGAGCAAGGUCGAUCAGGUCGCAGAUGACGUCCAGUCACCUGACAUGCAGGACACGCCGGACACAAUGGCGGGUUCCGAAAUCUGGAGCAGCUUCCAUGCUGAUCGAUCAAGCACUGCUUCCACUGCGACCACGUGGUCGUAUCGCAGCACUGACGAGACGCUACUGCGCGUUCGAACUAUCUCGAGCACAGAGGCCAGCCAAGGCAACAAGAAGGUCGCAACAAGCUGCGCUGAUGCUGAGCCGCCUGCUUUUGUCGAGGAUGUGGUUGAUGCUAACAAGCAAGGCGAAUGCGCCGAAUCGCCGACAUCCACAGCGUCGUCGAAGGCUGCCGGUGGGACAUCCGGAGCAAGCCCGGCCAUUGCCGUGCUACAUCGCAAGAGCGGCGGACUGCCCGUUGCGCGAGCUACGCUUCAGCACAAGCCGUCGCGACCGUCACUACCCCUUCCUGCCAAGUCGGAAACCCUGGCCUCUACAACAACAUCUGCUCAGCCCAGCUGCAGCGCCAUUCCCACACCGAAACCUGCGAUGCGCCGAUAUCAGAGUGUCGCCGGUCUGGAAGCUCGCUUAUCUGACGCCGUCAUGGAAUCGACAGAUUUGCCUUCACCCAACGUCGUCUUGCCCAAGAGAGACAUCUCUGCGGUACAGAGCGCCGCGAGAACGGCAAGAUAUAGCGACGGACAUCGGGCUACGACUCCGUCCAAAGCCAUCAGCAGCGUAGGAGGCGGAGUCACACCUUCCAAGCUUCCGAGUCUCAGAAAUGCAGCAAGCACCACUUCGCUGCGGGCAAGAGCCACAGCCGAUCAGACGGUGGCAGCUUCUCCGAUACGCACAGCUACAUCAAAUGCUUCAGGCAUCCCUCAAAGACGUCUACCUACACCCAGAACAAAAGUCCACAGCCGCCUGCCGCCUCCAAGCGGUGUGGUCGUCCACAAGAUUUGA